AUGGCUUGCAGACCGCUGAGAUGUUUGUGUCCAAAUGCCCCUGAAAAGAAUGCAGUCAAUGACAAACAAGGUGGAAACUUGACGGGUGAAAACGUCAGCAAAACGAUGGCAGGUGCAAGAAAGAAGUCAUUUUGGAAACAGCAAGAGGGGCCAAGUGUUUCCAAGUCCAAGAAACUUUCAAAGGACCAGACAUGCAUCGAUUAUUGA